ACAAAAGCUCUCAUGGGUGCUUUUCUUCCAGAUGACAACCUGAUGAAGGUAGAGGAUAAGUUGAGGGUGCAGGCAGCUGAGAGAUUUUGCUUUCGACUACUGGGCCCUCUGAUUGAAGUGGAAACCUGAUAUCUCAGAAGAGGAACUGGUGACCUGCAUUCUCAAUAACACCCACACUAGGGUUGCUGACACCCAAAGAGGUUCAGUGAACACAGUGGAAGAAGUGUUAAAAAUUUAAUCCUUGGUGGAGAAGAACUGCAUGAGAGCGAAAGGCUACUGACAAGAGGUGGGAAAUCCAAAAAGUAUAGAGAAGACAAACAAGAAGCCAUCUGACCGUAGCUGUUCCAAAAAUCUGACCGUGGUCUCCAUAGCCCAACAUCAUGACUUCACAACACUACUCCUGGUGCCCAUUAUAGUGAAAUAAAACGCAAUAAAGCAGUGUUGCACACUGAAAGCACCUAUAGAGACAGCUAGGUGAGGACCCUCCAUCAGUCACUGCUCUUUUUCCACAAAUAUGUAUUAUGGUUAAUGAAAGACAGGUUUACAAAGCCAGACGCAAGUCCAUUAUCUACACAUGUCAUGGGUACAGUCUGUUAGGUGGACACAUACAUUAUGAAGCACACUCACCUGACUCUCCUGCCCAUAGCAGGCUUGGAUUCCUUGGUACCAUGGGUGCUAUCCUGAAUGUCAGAAUCAGCCUCUAUGGCCUAAAAACAAAGAUAGAGGGUAUACGUCUACCACCCUUUCCAUUUUACACAUUUACUGAACUAUAAUGAAUCAACACUGGACAGACUGGUGCUGAAUAAUGACACUGUUGUCUUUUUAGAGCUGUUUUACAUUUCUAAAUCUAGAUUCCUUGACUUCAGAAGUUGGUCCAGUCUCCGAUUCAGACAACUAGGAGGAGCUAGAGAGAUUAAUGUCAACUUUCCCUAACAUGACAUAUAAUCACUUUGCUAAGAUACUAGAUCAUCCAGAGGAAUUGAAUGAAGAACAGGUAGACCAGGUGUUAAAAGACAUUAUCAACAUCACUGAGCCUUCUCUCUCCCAUGCUCCUCCCUUGUUGUCGUGGUCUCCAAACCUGAUGGUUUGUACAGGUUCUGCAUGGACUUCCAUAUGAUCAAUGGCAAGUCUAUCACUGAUGCGUACCCAAUGCCACUGAUACUUGACAUCCCUGGAUCAAUAGAAGGGGCCUCCUGCAAUCAGAGUACUGGCAGGUAAACAUUGAGGAGAUGAGUAAGGAAAUUACAGUAUUUAUAAUAAAUAAUCAGCUAUACCAAUUCAAGUCUAUGCUGUAUGGACUCCGCAAUGCUGCUGUCACAUUCUGGAGGCUUUUGAAAAAGGUUCUAACAGAACUGAGUGGAAAGAUUUGCUUUGUUUUUAUAAAUAUAUGUACAUGAAUAUAUAAUAUAUGAAUGCUCUCUAGCAGGAUCUUCAAGAUCCACUGGUCCUCACCCAGUUCAAGAUUUUCCAACCAUUCCAGGUCCACAUGAACGCUAGUGACUUGAGACGGAGCAAUCCUCACUCUGUGGAAGGAGAGAAGUCAGAAAUCGGAUUUGGCAAAUUAGAGUCGUAUGUCAAACUGGACAAAGUGGGAGAGGGCACUUAUGCAACAGUGUUUAAGGGUCGUAGUAAACUAACGGAUAAUCUGGUGGCUCUGAAAGAAAUCAGGCUGGAGUAUGAAGAAGGCGCACCGUGCACCGCCAUACGAGAAGUGUCUCUUCUGAAGAACUUGAAACAUGCCAACAUCGUCACCCUCCACGACAUCAUUCACACAGAGAAGUGCCUUACUCUAGUCUUCGAGUACGUGGAGAAGGACCUCAAACAGUAUUUGGAUGACUGUGGGAGCAUAAUGAGCGUUUAUAAUGUAAAGAUUUUCCUGUUUCAACUAUUGCGAGGUCUAGCUUAUUGCCAUCGGCAGAAAGUUUUGCACAGAGAUCUGAAACCUCAGAACCUUCUCAUCAGUGACAGGGGAGAGCUCAAACUUGCUGACUUCGGUCUUGCACGUGCAAAGUCAGUGCCCACAAAGACAUUCUCUAAUGAAGUGGUCACUCUCUGGUACAGACCUCCUGAUGUGCUGCUGGGAUCAACAGAUUACUCCACCUCUCUUGACAUCUGGGGUGUAGGUUGUAUAUUCUAUGAAAUGAUCACAGGACGUCCCCUCUUCCCUGGGUCGACAGUGGAGGAUGAGCUUCAUCUUAUAUUCCGUAUACUGGGUACUCCUACUGAGGAGUCUUGGCCAGGAAUCAACACCAAUGACAACUUCCUUUCACACAACUUUCCCCAUUAUGAUGGGGAACCUCUGAUCACUCAUGCACCCAGGAUCACCAAUGACGGUCAUGAUCUACUAUGCCAGUUAUUACAGUUUGAAGCACGACGGCGUAUUUGUGCGGAAGUGGCUCUCCGGCACGUUUAUUUUAGAGACCUGGGAGAAAAAGUUCAGGACCUGGCUGACACUACCUCCAUAUUUUCUAUCAAGGAGAUUCGGCUUCAGAUGGACCCAGGAAAACACUUUCCAGCUCAAAGAGAGUUGGCGGUGGUCCAUCGAAUGGGAUCUGCCCCACCUGAACAUUUUCUCCCUGAAGGAGUAAAUCGUCUUCUACAUCCUGCCCCCCUCUCUUCAUAGAUUAGCUCAUAUGGUAACCACUUUCCUUGCUUUCCUUUGUUAUGUAACAUAUUUUGUUCUCUGUUUACAAGGUUUUCUGCAAGUAUCUUUUUAUUGUCUAAUUUUAUUUAUUUAUUUAUUUGCAAAAUUGUCUUCUGUAUGUAAAUGUUUGAAAUGCAGUGAAUUAGGGAAAUUAUGCAUAUGAUAGGCAUCAAGCACCAAAGAUUUAUUAGUUAUCGUUUCUUAGGCAGCCCAAUCAACCAUAGGGUAAGAAGUUGCCAGUAAUGGCACGGUCUCUUAAUGUCAUCAAAUUUUGUAAUUGUAACUCAGUGUGUUCAGUGUUUUUGCCUGGUUUCCCACUUUACAGUGGGGCCAAGCCUGAAUCAAUGUACUUUCAGUAUCAGCCAUAUUGGAAUGUUCACCAUCUUGGAUUUUAGCUAAAUGUUUAGCCAAAUUUUAGCUGCUUUUUCUUCUCCAAAAUGUUCUCCAAUGUUGAUCCCCCCCACAUCUUACCACUGUGUUUGAAAUGUAUUAUAACAAUAAAAUGGCCUUGCUUGUACAAAACCAUACAGAUUUUUAUAAUUUAGCAAUUCAGCAAUCACUUGGCAGUAUUUGAUGGUGAAGAUGCCAAACAGGUAAAGAAGCGGCAUCUUUUCAAUACUUUUGAGUACUGAUGUACAAGCUGGUAUGCAUCUUUGGAAACAUGCCAUGAGAAUACCUUAGCAGUUUCACUGCUCCUUCUGCAGUCAAAACAUCACCAGGAUGCUUCUCAAACAGAAGUCUGCAUCUUAGCAAUGAUGCAUUUCUGGGCUGCUGUGUCAAGCACUGCCAAAAGCCAUCUCAAUUUGAAGUAUGCUUUGUUUGGUGUCCUUCAUUUAGCAUGUUUUGAAGGCACUGAACAGGUCCAUUUUCAUUAUGUAAUACAUGAUAAAUGAAAAUGUUGAAGAUGAAGGCAUUAUGUAAUAUUAUAAAUGAACUGCCCAUGAUGUAAACCAAUGGAAGACAACAGAUAGUUGACAUUCACUGUAUUGCAUUCAUAGAAAGUCAGUUAAGAUAAAGAUGUUAAAUGUAUUUUUCCUAAAUUAAUUUUAAUAGUGUUUUUGUGCUGUGACCGCAGGGGUGGAAAUUGCUAUGACACAGACACGUGGAAUUACAAGACCAUCUCAUUUUAGUGUUCAGUGUUGAGAAGGACUAGGAUGCAGCCUGCUGUUUGGGAAGUACCCCACAUUUAGAUCUUCACACCAUGACUUACAACAAUACCAAUACAUGUACAGGCUUCCAUAAGCCUGUGGGUCAAAUCAAAAAUAAGCCAGUAGUUGUUUGCCAUUAUUACCAUUUUGUUUAAUGUUAUGCAGAAUACUUAUAUUUAGUACUUUUUGAUUGACUUUAUCACUCUCUUCAGCUCAGGGGAAGACUUAUCGACAAAGUGUUUGGUUUUAACUCAGAUUGGGGUUUAUGUGAUGAUGUAACAUUAGUGCACAACUACUGCUGAGAUGAAUAUAGCAAUGCAGAUCACAGGAACUUGACAUUUGACUUGACACUUGACAAAGAGCAUGCAAUCAACAUAGAAGAGAAAAAUUCAAAGUAUCUGAAGUAUCUGAAGCGCGGUGUUCAUUUAUACAUGUAAAUAUGCUUAGGAUUGGUUUCACUAAUAUACAUUCAUGUGUGCACAUAUGCAUACUCUGGUAUAAAGUAUUGUAAUUAAUUUAUAAACUCAAUCAUAAAGUGUCAACGUAAGGCUGUGGAAGACAAAUCAGAGUGUGUUAGUAGUAAAAGUUAGUAAAAGUUGGCCGGUUCAGUGCCAGUAACGAGUGAUCCAUGAGCCGUCAUCACUGAGUAUGUUUACAUGCACUUAUUUGAGUGAAUCCAGUCUGAUUGCAGCUUUCAAAAGUAAUAUUGGUUACACUUUAUUUUAAGGUGUCCUUGUUACGGUACAUGUACUUACUAUUAUAAUAACAAUUAAUUAUGCAUAAUUACAUUCAAGUAGCCCUAAGCCAAACCCAAAUCCUAACCAUAGAGUAAGAACAUGUAGUUAAAUAAUAUUACUCUGUACAUAUAUGUAUAAUUACACUGUAACAAGGAGACCUUAAAAUAAAAUGUAACCAUAAUAUUUUAUAUUUGAAUAUACAUAGGUUUUGCUAUUUUGGUUAGAUGCUUCUGUAUUUCAUUGGCUCUGUACU